AUGAUGCUCUGGAAUGGUGUGGGUCAGGUGGCCAACAUAGCGCAGCUUGCUGGGGUGGACGCGUAUGGGCUUAUCACGAUGAUCGUGGAGGCUGCAAGGACAGUUAGGAGGAACCGCCGAACCUGCCAGCUGUUGGCGCGGCGUGUGAAGAUGAUCGGAGACCUUCUCCGGCAGCUCGAGAGCACGCAGCUGAUGCAGCAUACGGAGACGAGGAACCCAGUUGAGCAGCUGGAGGAGACUCUCCGGCAUACGUACGUGCUCAUCAGAUCCUGUCAGGAUGGCAGCUACCUGUACAGCUGCUUUAUGGGAGGGAAGCAAGCUGACCAGCUCCAUCAGGUGCAGAAUGAGAUCACCUUCUACCUCCAGCUCUUCCCUCUUAUCGGCUUUGUCGAUACCAGUCGGACCUGGGCACGGCUUCUGCACACAGCUGACCCUCUUGGUACAGAGGGUACUAUGGAUGAGUUACAUGCAGUACAUCAUUCAGAACAUAACAAUAGAACAGAGGCCCUCAAGGUAACUCAAUUAGAAGAUCUGGAAACUCCUUGCACAAAAUCCAAGGAAGAACAAAAAGCAAGCCAAGUCAUGAAUAUGGAGGAACUAGUCAAUCUCAUCGGUGUUGGAAAAGGAGUAGAGCUACCCUAUUUUAGUUUCUCUCAGAUAUUGGCUGCUACAGACAAUUUAUCAUUACAGAACUUGCUUGGAAAUGGUGGAUUCGGUUGUAUUUACAAGGGCAAACUGCCUGAUGGUCUUGAUAUUGCUAUCAAAAGACACAGCACAUCUUCACAUCAAGGCCUAUCGGAGUUCCGAGCUGAGAUUGAAGUCAUUCCAAAUCUUCGACACAAAAAUAUAAUUUUGCUGCUUGGGUUUUGUGUUCAAGGAAAAGAGAAGAUACUUGUCUAUGAAUAUAUGUCAAAUAAUAGCUUGGCAGCCAUCAUUUCUGACGAGUCAAAAAGGAAAUUGCUUAAUUGGUCAAAGCGUAUUCAAAUAAUCAAAGGGAUAGCAGAUGGCCUUGUUUAUCUGCAUCUGCAUUCUCAGAUGUGCAUUGUCCACAGGGAUUUGAAAGCAAGUAAUGUCCUGUUGGAUCCUGAAAUGAAUGUUAAAAUUUCUGAUUUCGGUCUGGCUAAAAAGAUAGCUCCAGAUGCGAUUGUGCAAGAUCGUGUAUACGGCACAUAUGGCUAUGCAGAUCCUGAAUAUGUUGCUACUGGAAUGAUAUCACAAAAGGCAGAUGUAUACAGCUUUGGCGUUGUAGUUCUAGAGAUAAUAUGUGGAAAGAUGUCCCGGUCUUAUAUGGUGAAGGCGAAGAAGAGCUCAUCUCUAGGAUCACUUCCUGACCACGCACGCAAGUACCGGAAGAGGCCCCGCAAGCUUGUUGACCCACUGCUACGCGCUAGCAAGAGCGAGAGAGCUCAGAUUGCGGAAUGCGUUAAGGUGGCUCUGCUCUGCGUCCAUUGUCGUCCUGAAUGUAGACCGAACAUGUCAGAAGUUGUCGCGAUGCUCUGCAGUGUCGGGAGUGGGAGAUCAUCACCAGCCUACUGUUGUCACUGA